AUGGCUGACCAGUUAACAGAGGAACAGAUUGCUGAGUUUAAAGAAGCAUUUUCCUUGUUUGAUAAAGAUGGUGAUGGUACAAUCACCACUAAAGAAUUAGGUACAGUCAUGCGCUCUUUGGGGCAGAACCCUACAGAAGCUGAACUGCAAGAUAUGAUCAAUGAAGUAGAUGCUGAUGGUAAUGGUACAAUUGACUUCCCUGAGUUCUUAACAAUGAUGGCCAGAAAGAUGAAGGAUACAGACAGUGAAGAAGAGAUUCGAGAGGCAUUCCGCGUUUUUGACAAAGAUGGAAAUGGAUUCAUAUCUGCUGCUGAACUCCGACAUGUAAUGACCAACUUGGGCGAAAAGUUAACUGAUGAUGAGGUCGAUGAAAUGAUACGCGAAGCUGAUAUAGAUGGUGAUGGUCAAGUAAAUUAUGAAGAAUUUGUUACAAUGAUGACGACAAAGUAA